AUGGUGUUCAACCUAAGCUCCAGUAACAUAGGGGACAUUUUUUAUACUUGCCCGGUUUCGUUGCCACCAGCGAGCCCUUCUUCAUCGUCAUCCUCUGGCAAAGCAAGUUGCAGUUUGGUAAGGGCUAUAGUGAAAGGCAAUGCAGCUCCCCCUGCUUCUUCGUGCCUCGUCCCUCCAAGCCAGCUUCCGUGGUGGCGGCAAGUCUUGAAGAAGCAACCGAAGGAUUCUUUAAGUAAUUGUUUACCUUCUGAAGAGGAUCUGGAGAGUCAUCUAGGACUAGUCAAGAGGUUUUCUCUACGUGAGGUACAACUUAUGACGAAUAAUUUUGCCCAUGUUCUGGGUGAGGGUGGAUUUUCCAUGGUUUAUAAGGGAAGCUUAGUGGACGGUUCUCUAGUAGCAGUCAAGAGAAUGGAAGGAAGCAACCUCGCAGAGUUCCUGACACAACUGAAAGUGAGCAGCAAAAUCAAGCAUCGCAAUGUGCUCAGUCUGCUUGGGUUCUGCAUCAUACCCACAGAACUAUUUCUAGUUUAUCCGUUUAUGCCUUGUGGAAGCGUAGCACGUCACUUGAGAUCAUCUCGGUCAAAUCUUUCAGAUCGAGGGACCACCCUGGAAUGGUCAGUAAGGAUGAGGGUUGCGACUGGAGUUGCCAAGGCGCUUGCUUACUUGCAUGAAGACUGCAAUCCCAAGAUCAUCCAUCGAGAUAUUAAAGCUUUGAAUGUUCUAUUGGAUGAGAAGUACUGA